AUGACUCUGACCCUCAAAGGGGUUGUGCAACCAGACAUUGUCGAAAGGCUGCAGAAGUUCUACCGGCAAACGUUUUGGUGCAACCUUCCUGUCUUUAAGUGUUGCCAAGCAGCGCAGGCUUUGGCGAAAAGAGGGUACAAUGUCGUGCGGAUCUUCAUUGGCCUCUCUUCUGGAGGAGUUGGGCCGUCGCUGUAUUCAGCUCAUCUGCAGGCGAUGUAUGGAGCCAACUUUGCGUACUUCGAUCCGAACAUCUGGUGGAACGAAGACGAGAUGAGAAAGCAGAUUGAGCAGCUGAAUGGGUGCUUUGUGCUGACAGGACAAGAGGCACCGGGCACCAACAAGCGGCUCAGAGAGGAUCUCUAUAAAAAGUUUAUGAGCGCCGAAGGCAUUCCGGGUCGCAAGCCGUACGGCCUUCGUACCCGCAUGAUAGAAUGUCGUGGAUGGAAGAGAUUGGAAGCAAACAGAAUGUUCGAGUUCAUGCAAGUCAGCAAGAAAGACUUCAAUGCUAUCUUGAGGAGAUCCUUUGUGUUUCGCAUCCUCGCGCGCUUCGAAGACCCUCGCGCGAUUGAAGGAGCUUAUGCAGACAUGUGGAGAGACGGUAUCUUCCCAAAGGACCCGGACCUCAAGCAAUUUCUCACCUCCGGCCCUGCCAUUCUGGCCGCCUUGCAGAUCCAGAACGCUUUUGAGAUGAAAUACGGCAAGGACGAAUGUGAGCGCUUGAUCGAAGACUAUGCAUAUUGGGGCGGCGACCAAGGCCUCACGGAGCAAACCAUGCGGGAAGCGUGCGGGAUGCCCCCCCGUGACGUCCGCAAUGUAGCAACCCGCGCUGCUAGUGUGAUUGUGCUUGACUCCGAGCCCCCACCUGCGGACGAUCCUGAUGUAGUUUGGUGCAAUGUGUCCGAGACAUUGAUGAACCAUUUGCUCAUACAAAGGAGGUUGGACCUCACGGCUCCUAUGCUGAAAAAGUUGAAAUUCAACAGAGUUCCAAACUUGAGCAAGGAGCAUCUUAUUGAUACCAUGAAGGAAAACAAGAGAUUGAUCCAGUCAAAUUCUCGAGGAAAAAGUGAGAUUGUUUUUGCUCUUGGCAUCACUACUGGAGUGAAGCUACAAAGCCUCAUUGCCUACACGGACAGAACUAGUUGCCCCGACUUGGAAGAGAGCCUAGCAACCGCAGCCUUUUCAACAUAUGUUGAGGCACCCCGCAGGGCUGACAAUGCUCAACUCUUGGCCUUGGUCUACAAAAACAUUGCAAGGAAAACGAGGGCAGCUGGACGCCCAACUGCUGCAGCAAAAGCAAAGAAGGAGAAGUAUGCUGAAAGGUCACAAAAAAUGUUCGACCAUGAGCGCAUGUGCUUGUCGCUCUUGAAGGAGCUCACUGGCCCGCAGGUCGUUUCUUCUCAGCAAAGUUCUGCCCGGAAAAGGCUAAGGAUGAAGGGCCCCGAGGUAAAGCAGGAGGAGACCAGAGUCAAGGACGAAAUUGUUGAUGAUGAUGCUAGGCGAAAGCUUUGGACCGUAGAGUCAUCUUACGAGUACCCCAGCACCACAGUGUUGCGCACACGAAAGAUUGUAAAAGGCAUCCGCGCUCAAAAAUUCACCCGGAGAGCCCAGCAGCAUCUGCUUUCGCACACCCAUGACCUUGACAUUUCCAAUUCUGUUUUCACAGUGAUUGCCCAGCUCUUAGACAAACUGAAGCCGGUUAUCCGCGUGGAAUUGAAAACAAGUCGAGAAAAGGGAAAACAAAUUCUGACUGCAAUUCUGUAUGGAGCAGCCAUCCCUGAUGAUUUGGCCGGCAAUAAAUUCUUGAUAUGCAUCAGCAAAGUGUCCCUUUAUGUCCGAUGGCUAUCCAUGUCUUUGCUAGAAGACGAAUUCCAUCGCUUUCGUUCUCCAGCCGUCAACAAGAAGAACCCUGAUAUGUCCAUUCUUGCUCAUCUCUAUCAGGCAGCAGAAGACUACAUCUUGAGCGAGUGGGUGGUCUUUUUGCAGACUUUGAAACCAACCCAUGUGUCUUUGCACUUCGACGGAGUGCGGGUCGCCUUGCCCCACGACAUGGACACACAAGAACUAUGUGACUUGAGCCAGAAGCAUAUCGAGAUGAAAACUGGAUUUCAGGUCCACAUUCGUGAGAAGCGUCACAGAAGUGUUUUGCAACUUAUCAAAAAUAGUUCAGAGCAAGCGCCGGCAAUGGGAACGGGUGAGAGCUUGUUGGAAAAGGAUGGAAACUGCAUACCUGCCGCCAUUGCAAGCCUUCUAGGCAAUCGGGCUUUGGUUGAGCAAGCUGUGGCCGCAGAGUCAGAGGCUGCAACCACCCGUUCUUACAAGCAAUGCGAGAAGCUGUGCAAAGUAAAGCUCAUUCCGUAUGUUCAGGUUUCAGAACUUGACGCUGGAAUUUUUUUGGUCCAUUCAGAGGGCUUGGGGGUGCCACAUUGUGUGGGGCUUCGCAUUGGCGAGGAUGAUGGCGCAUGCGUCGUCUAUGAUACAGAUGGCGCAUACAAGCAGUCUCGAUCGGCUUUUGAGCAAGCAGUAGCUGCAGGUAUGGAUAGUUCAACAUGUGUCUAUUUUCGGGUUCUGGACGAAUCUGUCGACCCUGCGCCCUUCUGUUCUGACGAGUUGGACGAUGAAGAUGUGGCCUCGUUGCUGAAUCUGGAAGCUUCGGGGCGCAAGCGGCCUGCUAGCAUACAGGAGCCACCGCAAGCACCUGAUCAAGCUAGAUCGUCGCUGCAGCAGCCAUCCGUUUAUGUGCUCAGCUCUGAAUCAGGAGAUGAAGUUGCAGUUGUAGAUAUUCCUUCGGAUACAGCUUCUACAGGCGCUGUCGAAGGCGAUGACCCACCAGAUGAUGGUGAACCGGGUUGCAACCGAUGGCUGGAAGAUGGGGCUGUCGUCAUUACAGAUUCGGUUCUGCUCGGCAGCUUGGCGAAAGAAGUUUGUGAUCAUAUUCGGCAAGGACAGUUUGUACAGGUGAUGAACAAGUAUUCGUGUCCAUUGUGCCCGUGGCGGAGCUUUCAAAGUCCUAGCCGUGUGAAAGAGCAUCUGUCCAAGUAUCAUGUGGCAAAAAACCAAUAUUGCUGUUCAGGCACGAAGCAACUGAAAUGCGUACUAUCGCUCCAUGAUUCAGACAUGAUUGCAGGUGUUCGUCACGGAAAGUAUUUGCUGCGCAGCGCGCAAGUGCUACGGGAACAGGUCCAGCCACCGCUUCCAUCGUCUGUCAACUGGAUCGACAAAAGCAUUCGCCUGGUGCUCGAUUCAACGGGCCCCCGGUAUGUGAAUGUAACCGUUCUCGGACACAGCCUGGUCGCCCGCCGGGUUGGAAAUAUCUAUUACACAAGGCCCUUUGCAGAGCAGCUCUUCCAAGAGAUUGUCCUGCACCACGCAAAGGUGAAGACAGUCUGGCCCAGGUUUAUGCUGGAUGCUGCCCGACAUGCUUGCAGUUUAGUGAACUUGCUUCCAUCCCAUACAGCCCGAUGGUGGCCUCUGGUUGAAGAUGUCUUCUUUUCUGACCGGUGCCUCGCCUUGCGAUCUUCCAUUCUGGCGGAAUGUGUCUCACACGAGGAAUACAAAGCAAUUUCCAUUGAUGGCACUAUCAGGGUGUGCUUGAGCGUGUUGGGGCAAAAGCCGUUCAAUGCGGGAAAAGCAGCUCGGGAAGAUGCACCCUUUCAUGGGAGUGAGAGCGUGAACCGUGUGAUCACCGUUCGGGGGCGUACUGGCGCAGUGGUUGCUAUGUUUCCCGCGCCUGGCGAAGGGGCCGAAGACAUUCGGCUGGGAUUGACCAAGCACGCUAGCGCUGCAGCACUUCAUCAAGUCUUGUAUGUGGCUACGGACGCGCCCAGUUACAAACUGUUCACCACCCUGAAAGAAAUCAUGCCAAACUUGGUUGCGUUGUCUUUGGACCCAGUUCACCUUUCCAUGCACUACGAAUCCGCUUCGGGCUGUAAGAAGACGGCGGGGUCUGCAGCUUUGCGGCGAUGUAUGGCCAAAUUCAACAACCAAGAUGCCAGCAUGGCUUGCGAACAGCGGUGGCAAUUCUUCACAAAAGAUGCUAAGCCAUUCACUUCUGCUGAGGAGGCAUUCCGCACGCAAAUCUUGGAUGGUAGCAUGGGCGAAGCGAAAGCCCGAAGAGUCUUGCAAAAGUCCGAAGAGCUGCUUGUUUGGACUUGCCGCAAAGAUUUUCUUGAACAUUUGGCUGCUAUCAGCUCCUGCUUCAGACCUGAGGUCGUCAAGAAGUCCGUUGUACAAGCUGCUGUGGAGUGCCACGCAGCCAGAUCGGUUGGGCUACUUGUUCAACAAUUUGCUGGUGAGGGGACGCCUAUCACCAACGGAAAAUGCUUUGCUACCAGCGGGCACCACAAGUAA